ACACAGCUUUCUUCUUAAAAAAUCGCGUUCGUGAAUAAUGGACCUUAUAAUUGGGGCAUUUUGAAUGAAAUGGGUACUCUGCUCAAAUAAUAGUCUCAUUGAGAAUGGCGAAUAGGAGUAGAGCAAAACGCAGUGUCAUUGAGAUUUCCUCUUCUUCCGAACAAGGAAAUGGCGAUGAUGAAGAAGAAGAAGGAGGAAGUUCAGAAGAAUCAGAACCAUUAUCAGAAUCGGAUGACGAUUUUGACUCCUCCGCCUCAAGCAAGAGCGAGAGCGAGAGCGACGGUGAUUCCGAAGAUGAGGAGGAGUCUUUUUCUUCCGGGUCUCUAGAGGAUAUCCAAGAGGAAGGUGAGGAUUCGGGAAGCGAUAGAGUCCUUCGCCUUCUCCAAGGUGGUGAAGAAUUGAGGAAGCUAAGGGCAGGAUUGGGGAAGCUGACAUUGACGGACUAUAAAGCAUAUUUGCGAUUGAAUGGGUUGAGGUUAUCAGGUACGAAAGAAGAAUGUAUACAGAGGAUCAUAGAGCACUGGAGGUAUGUUUUAGUGCUGAAAGAUGGAAAUGGUCAAAGACAGUAUCCCAGAUCAUCUUUUACCAUAGACUGUACCGGUGAUGUAUGUAAAGGUGAUGUUGUAUUAUUCACACAGAGAGUGUACAAAAAUUUUGACAAGAUGACAAGGGGUGGAGAACAAUUAGGGAAGAGAACCAUCACUGGUAGGAUUGUGAAGGAGAGUUAUGGCGCUGCCAAACAGCAGCAUACCUUUACGGUUGAGGUGCUAUGGAGCCAAGGGGUUAAACAAUUACCUCCACUUUUUCCGUUGCUCCUGAAGGGACGAAACCUUUAUAAAUUGAAGACUUUCAGACAGAGAUGGAAGGAUGAAGAGGAAAGACUAGAAGUGCUUGCAGAGAAGCACAAACGUGGAGAAGAAGCAAGAUUUAUUAGAGCAACAAGAAAAUCAAAAUCAAUAAAGCCGACAAAAGCAUCCUCUAAAAACAAAGGUAACAAGCGCCAGAAACUUGAUCAUCAUAGGAAGCCAAGCGAAAUGAUGCGGACAAGCAAUGUGAAACAUAAGUAUUCUAUUGAUGAACGUGGGAAAGCAAUGGCGGGAAGCAAAAGAACGAAAAACCAUCAGCGAAAGCCUCAUCUACCAGGAAGAUUGAAUUUUGCAGAGUCCAGAAACAGUAGACCCCCUAUGAGGAAUCCAAACUUUGUACCUGCCAUUAGGGAGAUCUCAUUGCAGUUCAAUUAUCCUUCAGUAAAUAAUUUCGGUCAUUUUGAAUCAGAUUCUUUCAGACAAAGAGUACCAUAUUCCCAUUCAUCUAACUGGGGCUCAGCACCAAGAUCACAUUUAAGCUCUUACUCCUCUCAUACUUUGCCUGCUCCAGAACAUCAACAAUAUGGUCAUGGAAGUUAUCCAAGUUCUUCAUACACUAGGUAUGUAUCUCAGCCUAGUAAUUAUCCUCAUUCCCCUGCCAUGGUGGGUACUCAUAGAUCAUCUGGCUCAAUCCCAUUUGUAAACUAUGAACGUAGAUGGAACUCUUAGCUUUUUGUCUUUCUCUUGCUCUGGCUUGUGCUCUGCACAUAGCAGCAGCAAGGGGUUUACAUAAACAAAAUAGUGUAAGGGGUCUUAAACUGACAUUUGGAACAUUGCCUUGUAGUAAAUGUCGAAUUCCAAAUAUCUGUACAGCAAUUUGAAGAAGUGUUUUGUCUUUAAUUGGUAUACUAAAAUUCUGUUCUUUUUUGGUAUUCAAGAGUUAACCAUUGAAUCCUGUU